UCUGGUUUCAAUUUCGCCGUCAAAUUCGCUAAUCUCUGUUCCUCUUCCGCUUCUUUUCCGCGCGCUUGUUUGCGCCACCAGAAUGCAUGUACACGCACAUCAUCCAUCUGUCGCCAUUCGGCGAGCAAUCUUCCGUGCACCACAUUGCACCUAACCUAAUCCUAACCUACUUGUUAUCUCGGACGAUAGUCUCGGCGAAUGAUUACGAUCUUCGCGUGGAUCGUCGCUUAUCGUUAUAUGUUCUUCUUCAUGAAAGGCGUCGACGUCAGUCGCAUUCGGGGCAAAAAUAAGCCGCUAUGUUGCAAACGGUCCGAAGGUCAUUAAAGGUUUCACCGUUCUUCUCACGUUAAGGUGAAUGGUGUCGUAUCUAGCGACAGGGAACACGGAAUAUGGGCCUAAAGGCAGCCGUUCAGGCUCUCAAAAAAGCUGAACCACUGAAGGACAAAGUCCAGCGCUGCAAGGAUCUGUUAAACGACAACGAUGCCUGGGUAUGUCAACAACAGUUGCAGAAAAUAUAUCAGCAAGUCCUCAUAUUGGAUCUGGAGUAUGCUUUGGACAGAAAGGUUGAGCAGGACCUGUGGAAUCUUGGAUUUAAGAAUUAUAUAGCAACGCUGCAGUCACAGGCCAAGGAUAGGAAGAAUCCCAAGCGUGGUGAAUCCCAAGCAUUACUCAGCUGGUGCUUGGAAGCAGCUAGUGGUUUCUACUUGACUUUGCUGCAGGAAAUCUGCACCAUCUUCGACUUGGAUCUACCCUUUAGAAGGAAGGGUUACGUUUACGGUUGCACGUCCCCAUGGAAGGCUGUCGAGAAAUUAUCCGCGCCUCACAAGUCAUCUUGUUUCUAUGCCUGCCAAUAUUGCCUUGUACACCUGGGUGACAUCGCGCGCUACAGAAAUGAGAGUAAACAGGCCGAGAUGUUCUACAGACACGCCGUUUCGUUGUCACCGUCGAGCGGACAGCCGUACAAUCAGCUGGCGUUGCUGGAAGCAUCCCGCGGCGACAAACUGGGAACAGUAUUUCAUUAUGCACGCUCGGUAGCCGUUAAGCAUCCAUUUCCCGUGGCGACGGCCAAUCUCGCCAAGACACUGUCGUCAGCCUUGAACGACAAGUCCUUUAAUAUUGACGGCAAGACCAAGCUGAACUCGCAAGAGUACAUCGCCGUCUUUCUCAAGCUACACGGAAUAAUCCACAACUUCGGAGACCUGAAGCUCGCGUGUACGUACAGCAGACUAUUGACGGAGACAUUGACCGCGCUGGUCGCCACCGAGAGCUUUAGCUCGUGGAUGCUCAUACAAAUGCUGGUGAUAAAUCUAUACGCUCUGCAGCACGCCGCCGGCAUCUGCGCCGAUAGCGUAGAACUGCUGAAGAACGAGCAUUUAACUAACGACGAGAAACUCGCCCGCGACUGCAUACUGGACCUAAUCGCGGGCACUUUGUCCGCCCUGCUGUUGCCCGUCUACACAAUAAAAGACUCCAUCAUCGAGUACUUCGCGUUGCCUUCUAUAAAACUGUGCCUUGAUUGGAUCCGCAUAAAACCCACGGUUUUAGAGGAGACCGCUUUCACAUCGAGAUUGCAAAUUUGGCCCAGUCUUUGUAUGCUGUUGAAUGCUCUGCAGAACUGCGUGGUGGAUUUUAAGCACAGCGAGUAUGCUGCAGUGCCACUGCCAGAGGACCGCGACCUUCAAGGUUUUCUGCCGUUGGAGAGGAGCUUCGAAAAUCUCAGAUUCACGAACGCCGACUUGGAAGGCGACGUCGUGACGUUGAAUAAGUUACGUGCUGUGCGUAUUCUGCAUUUGGGUCGUUGCCUCGCUCAACAUCAAGUCAACGGUUCGGCGCCAAUAUCUAUCACAACGGAAGAAAAAACUGGGGACAACCUUGAUUUACCUCGAUUUACCUCGAUGAGCAAUGGCGCCGGUCUCAGCAACGAGUUGAUGAAAGAGCUCGAAGAACUUAGCAUGAAUAAAGACAAGCAAUUGAACGCUUCUGUAAGCCCGGUAUUGUCAGAAGCAGCUAGCAGCAAAUGUUCCGUGGAGACCGAUGUUGAAAUCGCUACCGACAGGAAGGUGUUCCAAGGCAUUCUUAAGCCACAAGGCUCCUUAGAACGAAACAGAGAUUCUCUGACGAACAUCGUCGCAGAGACUAAUAACGUCGAGGUAAAUGUUUUGCCGUGCGUGAGAAAACCGCGUCAAAACAUAGCGAUGCAGGCGAUCAUGCGACGCGCGGAGACUGAGCAGAAGCAAGUGACGUUCAAGAAUGUGUCGCCGGUGAUUGUGGAGGAGGAUAACGAUAGGAAGGUGAAAGUGGCAACGAUUCCGCCAGUCGGUACUUGUAUCACGGCGCCAAAACCGAUUCCAAUGCCGGAAAUGGUCAAAGCUAAUGACACUUCAGCUGUGAACGCACUCGUUACCGCUCAGACUCGAUCAGCGAUGCCACUCGCCUCAUCCGCUAUCGGCCAAAACCCGUCCGCGUCGAUUCAGAGUCAACAGAGAGUCGCGAAGUUGCCACCUAACAUCCCAAUGCCAGGUCAGAUGAGUCAGCUGACUGGAAAGGAGCAAGCUCAACAGAUGUUACCGCAGAUGCACGUUCAACAGGCCCAGCAACCAGCUCCACCGAUAGGUGGAUCAGUCUGCUACGCGAAUCAGUCAUUCAACGUACAGAAUCCGCAGUUCGCUAAGAACUUUAUGGCGAGUCGACCCGCGGUGAGCAGCGCAUCGCGUUAUCAAAUGCAAGGACAGCUCGGUAACAAUCAACAACCGACGGCUGCGAUGUCGCAACCCAUCGGAGCAGUGCAUCACGCAAUUAACCAGAGCCGGCAGAUGCAUCAGAGGAUGUCGCAGAAUGUGUCUCACACUUCAGCACAGUUACUGCAGCAACAGCAGCAACAAAACAUGCGACUCGGUUCUCCGGCUCAGCAGAAUAUAUUGCCACAAAGUAUGAACUUGCAAGCGGCUAACGUGGGCCUGCAACCGGGCAUGAGCGUGGAGCAACAGAGCCAUGCGAUGGGACUGCAAGCGCAGCAGCAGAGCAUGAUGCAGAACAACGGCAGGCUGACGAGCGCCAUACACAAUCAGUUGAACGUAAACGGCGCCGCGGCUAUGGCAAACGUGUCGAUGAUGUCAAUGUUGUCUGGUUACAAGAAAGAUCCUACGCAGCAAAAGCAGCAGCAGCAACAACAACAAGUGACAAAUCUGACGAACUCGCCAAGCCCGACGGGCACGUCCAAUUUCCAGCUGAACUUCAGCCAGAGCAAUUUUGGACAGAACGCCUUUGGCUGCCCAACAUUGCCGCAAAACCAGCCGUCGCCGUCGUUCUACAAGAAGAACGCCGAGAUGGUGGACUUUGCGUUUCCGAGUCAGGUUAACAUGACGAAGAGUCAGCAACAGCAACCGGCAAACAACUAUAAUAUGUUUUGCAAUUACGAGCCCGCGGAGCACUUCAAUCUGUGGAAAGACAAUCGGCCGCCGCAACCACCAAUUACCUGGUGGGGCCCUUCGACUGAUAAUAGCACUCAGAUCCAUAUGAAGGACUCGACCGGCAUCGAUAACGCCUUUUCCAACUGGAGCGACUCGUCCAAUUCCGGAAACAUGACGAACAGGAUGCCGCUGACACCAGGCAAGAAUUACCAGCAGCAGAACGGCAGACAUCUUGUUGCGGGUAACAGUUUCGAGGAUUCCAGAUUGUUCGAAUUGGAUCAGAAGCCGUCGCAAGCUGUGAGCACCGGGAACACUUAUUCCUUGUUUAGCGGCAACACAUGGAGCACCGUCAACACGCCGAUUUCGAGCUCGACCAAUCAAGAUCAGAUGAAAGCGCGGUCCUUAUGGUCAGGACCGGGUCCGUCCCCGUUGGAGCGGCUCUUAGAGCAACAGAAAUCGCUGCGCGAAGGUGGUACUACUUGAAAGGUCGCGUCGAAACUGCUGAGACGGCCAGGCAGAGUGUAAUUUCAGCGUAUGCCGGUUUAAAGCAACCACACGGGCGUGCGACAGAGAUCUUUCACGUGCGUGUAAUGAAAACAAAAAUUACUUUUCUGUUCGAAAGAGAGACGCGCGAAAUUCUUUGAAAUCAGGAGCAGCGAACGUAAGAUCGGUUGUUGGAGGCUCCUUGUUGCGUCUUCUCAUCCUCGAGGCAUUAUGAUAUGCGCAGAGGAAAUAUAAUCCUCGUUAUUUUGUUUUUCAACCGCGUUCUAGAGUUUCAAAAGAACUCCGGAGAGAAAAAUUCUCAGGACGCGUCAUACAUGAUUCUCGCUGUCAAUUUCUCGCGAACCGAGCGAUUUGAAGAGAGCGAAAGAGAAAGAAAGAGAUGGAAAGAGAAAGACAAGAACAAGGCGAGAAAUAAAUGAUUAAACGAAUGGCAAUUUAAUUUGCACGGGAUUAAAUAGGCAAGCAACAAAAAAAAGCAAAAAAAAAAAACUAUUAGAGGUGCAAGGUGCAAGUAGCUCUUAGCGUAUGUUAAUUAGUGCGCAGGAAAUUAAGGGAAAUGUAGACGCUAAUUGCGAGCGAAACGUACGCGCGCGUCUAUCCGUAUCGACGACAUAUUUGGGAGAUACCGAUAAAUCGAGUGUAAUUUAAAGCCGAAAUAACAACUUAAUCAGCAAACGUCACUGACACGCCGCGUCGUUUUGUCUCGACUUCUCGUGGCAACAUGAUUCCGCCGACUGUGUAAAUUAGAAUGAACGACGAUUAUGGAUGAACUCGUUCUUGUUUCCUUUGUUUUAUGUAAUGACUUUAUUUCACAUUAAAAUAUUAAUAAUGAUUUUCGUAAUCACAAGUUGUAGCGUGCGUCAUGUUUGAAAUGUAACAUCACAAGAGGUAUGCUCCUCGUUUCGUCAUGGCGAAGUUCUUGAUACUUUCAUUCCCAAUCAAGACUUCUAUUAUAUUACAAAAGAACAAAAAUAUAUAUAUCUAUAGGAAGUUUUAA